ACCUCUCUUUGCAGUAUUGCAUUGUGCUGUGGUUUUAAUAGGAGAAGCAUUUAUAAGAGCGAUAUUGACAUUCAGUUGUAGAAAAAGGUGUGUGCGUGUUUGUUUGUGAGUGCCAGUGUGCAGGGGUCAGGCAUUUGGUCGGAGGUGGCAGGGGCUGGUAUUUCAGUGUUAUGUUGUGAGGAGGGGGCUAGUAGUUCAGUGUUAUGCUAUGGGGAGGUGCCUGGUAGUUCACUGCUGUGCUAAUGCUCAGUCAUUGUAAUAGAAGCAGGUGAUUCUCACAAAGGCUGCAGUGCUGGGCUAGCUUUUGAUGUGUGAAUUCAUUCCCAUGCUGCAGGGCCAGCAGGUGUCACCUCAGAUUACACCUCUUAAUAGGCAGCCGUCACAACAACAGCCAGAGAGAUCACAGCGUGAACCGCGCCGCUCGCAGCAGCAGCCAGAGAGAUCACAGCGUGAACCGCGCCGCUCGCAGCAACAGCCAGAGAGAUCACAGCGUGAACCGCGACGCUCGCAGCAACAGCCAGAGAGAUCACAGCGUGAACCGCGACGCUCGCAGCAGCAGCCAGAGAGAUCACAGCGUGAACCGCGCCGCUCGCAGCAGCAGCCAGAGAGAUCACAGCAUGAACCGCGACGCUCGCAGCAGCAGCCAGAGCGAUCACAGCGUGAACCGCGCCGCUCGCAGCAACAGCCAGAGAGAUCACAGCGUGAACCGCGACGCUCGCAGCAGCAGCCAGAGAGAUCACAGCGUGAACCGCGACGCUCGCAGCAACAGCCAGAGAGAUCACAGCGUGAACCGCGCCGCUCGCAGCAACAGCCAGAGAGAUCACAGCGUGAACCGCGCCGCUCGCAGCAGCAGCCAGAGAGAUCACAGCGUGAACCGCGCCGCUCGCAGCAGCAGCCAGAGAGAUCACAGCGUGAACCGCGCCGCUCGCAGCAACAGCCAGAGAGAUCACAGCGUGAACCGCGACGCUCGCAGCAGCAGCCAGAGAGAUCACAGCGUGAACCGCGCCGCUCGCAGCAGCAGCCAGAGAGAUCACAGCGUGAACCGCGACGCUCGCAGCAGCAGCCAGAGAGAUCACAGCGUGAACCGCGCCGCUCGCAGCAGCAGCCAGAGAGAUCACAGCGUGAACCGCGCCGCUCGCAGCAGCAGCCAGAGAGAUCACAGCGUGAACCGCGGCGCUCGCAGCAGCAGCCAGAGAGAUCACAGCGUGAACCGCGACGCUCGCAGCAGCAGCCAGAGAGAUCACAGCGUGAACCGCGACGCUCGCAGCAGCAGCCAGAGAGAUCACAGCGUGAACCGCGCCGCUCGCAGCAACAGCCAGAGAGAUCACAGCGUGAACCGCGACGCUCGCAGCAACAGCCAGAGAGAUCACAGCGUGAACCGCGCCGCUCGCAGCAACAGCCAGAGAGAUCACAGCAUGAACCGCGCCGCUCGCAGCAGCAGCCAGAGAGAUCACAGCGUGAACCGCGCCGCUCGCAGCAACAGCCAAUAG